AUGACGAAGACCGCGCAGAAACGGUUGUUGAAGGAGCUACAACAGCUUAACAAGGACUCGCCGCCAGGAAUAGUGGCGGCACCAAAGAACGAAAAUGACCUGUUCGUGUGGGAUUGUUUGAUCCAAGGACCUCCUGACACUCCGUAUGAGGGAGGAGUGUUCAAUGCCAAAUUAGAGUUCCCCAAGGACUACCCUUUGUCGCCACCCAAGUUGACGUUCACGCCCAGCAUCCUGCAUCCCAACAUUUACAACAACGGUGAAGUCUGCAUUUCGAUUCUGCACUCGCCUGGUGAUGAUCCCAACAUGUACGAACUGGCGGAAGAGAGAUGGUCGCCGGUGCAGAGUGUGGAGAAGAUUUUGCUGAGCGUCAUGAGUAUGUUGAGCGAGCCCAACAUUGAGAGCGGUGCUAAUGUGGACGCUUGCAUUCUAUGGAGGGACAAUCGGCCGGAGUUUGAAAGACAAGUCAAGACGUCGAUCUUGAGGUCGUUGGGAUUCUGA